GGGGUUCGGCGAAGUCGCGGUGAAGGGAGUGAAGGGAGACGAUACACCGUCUCCGAGACAUACGGAGACCGACGCCUAAAGUGCGCACCAAUCGCCAACAUCAGUAGUCAGAGACAGUCAAGCCGACGAGUUUGCCGGAAGAAGAUGAGCUAUCCGAGGAGCGUGACGGUGCCGUUGCUCCUGGCGAUCCUGGCACGUGCUCAGGGCGUCACUUUAUUCAAUGCCCCAUCAUGUCCUGAUCCUUACGGGAUUCAUGCUUAUGCUCAUCCUGAGGACUGCGGAGCCUUUUUCCUGUGCACAAAUGGUACCUUAAGCUACGAAUAUUGCGAAAACGGACUUCUGUUUGAUGGACAUGGCAAUAUUCACAAUCACUGCAAUUAUAAUUGGGCUGUCGAUUGCGGUAAUCGCAAGGUCGACUACACGCCUAUUGGCAGUCCUGGUUGCGAAUAUCAGUUCGGAAUGUACCCGGGUAGCGAUAGCUGCAGCACCAGUUACAUCAAGUGCAUCUACGGCGAGCCGCAUCAGGCCCACUGCGACCCGGGUCUGGUCUACAACGCCAAGACUCACACGUGCGUCUGGCCCGACGAGCUCAUCCCCUUCUGCAACCCCGAGGCUAUAGUAGGCUUUAAGUGCCCGCAUAAGCUGCCCCCCAACAGCCCCGCUGCCAAGUUCUGGCCUUAUCCGAGAUUCCCUGUACCAGGUGAUUGCGGCAGGUUGAUCACCUGUGUAGAUGGUCAUCCGCGACUUCUCACUUGCGGAGAUGGAAAACUAUUCGAUUCGGUGAGCCUAACCUGCCUGGAUCCAGAUGAUGUUCCUCACUGUGCUAACAGUGUUUGAGAAUAAAACGUUCCUGAUAAUCACUUGGCAUCUUAAAUCAGCAAACAACGAAAAGCGACAAACGAAAACCAUAACAAAAAACCAUACAUUUAAUGGUAAAUUAAAAAUUAAAAAUUAUCAUGAUAAAAUCGUAUAAUGGAAUAUAAUAUUAACUCGAGACUUUUAUAUUCAAAAUUGAAAUGU